CAAAGGCAACAUUUUGAUCUUGAAAUGAAGAAAGAAGAUUCCAUGAAUAUUUCUAUUUUUCAAACUAUAUUACCUGUUUAUCUGUUCACCAUUGUAAAAUGAUCAUAAUGCUUAUAUAUGGUAACUGAGUAAUUCACAGUAUUAAAAUGUCCUGUUUUGUGAAGUUGUUAUAGUGUCAUAGGUUUAUACAAGGACGUUUGUAUAUCAAAUGAUUUGUCCUCAACGCCUCUACCUCUACACGACUGAGACUCAGAUCCUCAUCUUGGCCAUCCACAGGCAGUUCUUAGAUCAACGUGUGUUUGAUAGAAUAACCUAAAUUGUAUUUUAACAGACUUGAAUGGACAGUGGCUCUUUGGGUUUCAUGAUAUUAAACAUACUUUGCUGUUUUAUUCUAUGUUCUGUGUCAAGGUUUCUUGCUUUUACAAAAAUUAUGUUGUCAUUACCGAUUAUUCUCUUCAAAAGGGAGCAGGGAUCAUAACACAUUAUGAUCCCUGCAGUGGGUGGGUCCUUUGACAGACAAUACAUAAAUAAAUCAGCCUCUUUUAACAACAGAAAAUAUGCUUUUGACAGUCUUCCUCUCAGUAAGAACUUUUGUUUUUCUUUAAACUUACCAGUUAUCCUGCCACAGUUUGCUGGUUUUAGUAGUGUACAAUGAAACUGACCGUGUUCUUUAAUAGACAAUUAUGCUUCUAAUAUUACAGUUUAAGUGAGUUCUAAUCAGGCUGUACUGCUCGUACACAUCCAGUUGUUAGAUAAAAUCAACCUCACAUUUCACCCAUUUCAAACUUUCUGCAUGAAUGGUCUGUCCACCAAGCUCCUGUUAAUAACAAACCUUUUGUAAAACCAACAACAGGACUUACUGUAAAAGAACCAGAGUAUAUAUUCUUUCAUAUGAUCACAUUCAAGAGAAACUAUUUUGUUUUGUAAUAUCAUAGAAAUUGCCAUGAUAUGAAUAAUAUCGGUCAUUAUCUGCAAAAUCAUUGACAUUAUUGUAUUAAUGUGGGUGUGUUUUAUUGCCUGUGUACUGGACUUUUCUCUUUUGAGGCGAGGGAUGCGUUAUUUCUUCUUUCCAAAUGUGUAUAUAUUAGAAUUUAAAUGUGCUGCUGAAAGAACUUUAAUAACUGCAUGGAUAAAAUUCUAUAAAUACUUAUUUCCAUGUAUGCAUUGACUUCUCACUAUUUCUCUCAGUGAAGCAGCUGAGUUGCACCAACUCUAUCACUGAUUAACUUAUGAUCAAGUAAAUCAGUAAUAUACUGUCAGGUUCUUUUGGCUGUUUAAGCUCACCCACUUUAUUGCAUGAAGUUCACCAGGUAGAAGAGAUCAGUUACUGCCCUCUUUUUUUUGCCUUCACAGAUAUAUUACUCAGAAAAUAACUUUGAUCACACUAUCAAACAAAACCCUCAAAACACAUCCUCGAUCAAACACCAAUUACAUAAGGCAAGAUGAAUUUGGAUGAGUACUUAAAAAGAAUUGGCUUCCAUGGCUCCUAUGAUAAACUGGAUCUUGCAACACUGAAGCUGAUCCACAGGCAGCAUGUUAUGUCCAUUCCAUUUGAGAACCUCAGCAUCCACUGUGGAGAGAAGAUUACCAUGGACCUUGAGGUCAUCUUUAACAAGAUGGUGAGGAGCAGCCGUGGAGGUUGGUGCCUUGAGAACAACUCCCUGUUUGGCUGGGUACUGAGACAAAUGGGCUAUGACACUACAACCUUGGGCUCCAGAGUUUUUAGCCCUACUGGUGGUGAAUAUCACUCUGAGGAAACACACCUCAUUAACAAGGUCAUCAUUGAUGGGAAGGCUUAUAUAGCAGAUGUAAGUUUUGGGGUGUCACUCCAACUCUGGGAGCCUCUGGAGCUCAUCUCUGGAAAGGAGCAGUCUCAGGCGGCGGGUGUCUUUCGCCUCAUAGACAAGGGGGACAUGUGGAUGCUGGAGAAAACUGGCAGGAAACCAGAGGUUCCUAAUCCAGAAUUUGCUAAAUCAAGUCUGUUAGACAAGAAGCAAACACAGGUGAUUUACUCCUUCACCUUGGAGCCUCGUGAGCCAUAUCAUUUCUCUCAGGUAAACCAUGACCUCCAGUCAGACCCCACCUCACUGUUCAUCAAUAAGUCCAUCUGCUCUUUGCAGACACCCACAGGAUUCAGAGCACUGGUUGGCUGGACCUACAGUGAGGUCACCUUCAAACCAGAGGAAGGUGUUGAUGUGUAUGACAUGAGAAAUGUAACAGAUGAUGCGCUAGAAGAAAUUCUGAGGGAAAAGUUCAAUGUGAAGCUGCAGAACAAACUGAAGGCUGUAAACAAAAAAGCAUGCUACACACUUUAGAGAAUUAACCAGCAGACGUCCUGCUUUGAAAAAGCUUUAAAACAGUAAUCAGAAUUAAAAUCAGAAUACUUUAUUAAUCCCUAAGGAAAAUUCUGCAAAUCAAGCUUUGCAAAAUUUCUGUUUUUGAAAAGUUAUAAGUCACAUUGAAUGUCACGUUUCAUAUGAUGCAUUUCUAUGACUGAAAGAAGUAAGGUCACUUUUUCAAUGUGUUGUUUCAUUUUAUUCACACACACUUUUGCAGGUCCAGAGUUGUAAAUAUUUUAGUGACCACAUAAGGAGAUCAGUACCAAAAUUAACUUUUUCUUUGCAUUUCUCAAAUACAACUAUGAAAUUGUAUAUAUUUAAUUAAACAAAUACAACAAAUCAUGUUCUGUCACUUGAAAGAAACAUUUCUACCUCAGUUGUUCGACUUGGAAAGAGGUAAGUGGUACGAUAACGACACCUUGUGGUAUAAUAGACAUGGUGCAGUGUUUAACUGCGUGAAAAUUUGUCUAAUAACACUAAUUUAUUCAUAUCAGUGACCAAAACCGCAAGUCUCGUCCGUGGAUAAGCAGAUGCAGCUCUAAUUACCUCUGCUUGUCGACACACAAACCUAUAUUUUAUUUUGUUCUCAUAAAUGUGGUCGAAUUGAAUCUCACGUGUUUAUAAGAAGUAGCUGGUUGUGGUACUUAAAACGUGAAUGAAGUUAGGAGACUCAUGGCUUCACGCCUGAAAUAACUAUUAAAUAUGCCAAAGUGACGUCAUUAUUUUGCGACAAUAAAUGACCUGUCAGAGACCCGAAAACAGAACAACGUAACAAGUUGAAAUUAAAACGUUGAAAUUACAAAUUUUAAUUCCCAACUCUUACACUUUAAAAUCGAGACCUUUAGUGGAGCCUGGGAGAAAACAGCUGUUCAUACCAGUUACAUGAUCUCAAAAGGAUUCACACACUCCAAACCAGGAUAAGCCAAUAACACUGCACACAGUGAAAUCAUUCAUAAAACCCACACAUAGAGGUGUUUGCUUUUACGAUUAAGAUUCUCCCAACGAGACCCACCUAAUUUCUCUCCUGCCCCCAAAUAAUAAAAUUAAAAAUACUACAAACCAUAUUAUGAUGAUUAAUUAUCAUAAAAGCCUAUGCAUCCUUGUAUUUUCUCUGUCUCCCCUGCCUGGCGCGUGGUUGUACAAUUAAAAGGCUUAAACCACGAAACCUUCAGCUCAUUCUCAUACACAGAAUAAAUCAAUAACAGCACCUGAUAUCAAUUAAUGUUGAGUCAAUGAUAAUGAGUUCCCAAUCAUUUUAUAGUAUUUACAAAAAUAUGUUACUGCAGUCAAAACCAAUU